UACAGAAGGAAAAAAUGCAGUAAGUGAUAUUAACUCAAGUGGAUCAUUAAGUAGUCCAAAGGAUAAAUUUGUUAUUAAUAUGACUGGAGAAAUAUAUUCAUUUGUAGAUGUCCAUAGAUAA